AUGCCUUGCCUUGUGGAGGACUCUUGGAUCAAUGGCCAGGCAGCGAGUCACGAUGUCUCCGAGCUCGAGGACUGCGCGAUAGCCAUUGAUGCGACAUACUACCUUCAGCUCUUCCUCGAUACCCCUCCUUUCCACGAACCGCUCCUGCCCGCCCUUGGUGGCAUGACUGGCAUUGAGUACCAUCUCCGAGCCGAUAUCGAGCAAUGGAAGGCGCACAAGAUUGUACCCUUCUUCAUCUUUGACGGACAGUCUGUGACCGGUCAAGAGGAGGUCGCUGUUCAGCGAGGCCGAAUUGCCAACCAGAAGACGGACGAAGCUUGGAACCUAUACUUCAACAGCCACGCACAGAAAGCUGUCGACGCGUUCGGCGCCAACAGCGGCGCCUUUCGCAUCCAGAACCUCUAUCCCUUGCUGAAGUCUAUCCUGAAGGACAACGAUCUGCAUUUUCUUGUGCCCCCUUACAACGCCUCCGCUCAGCUCGCCCACUUCGACAUGAUCGACUCGGACCAAUGCGCCGCUGUUAUGGGCUCACAGGAGCUGAUCCUGUAUCCGAUCAAGGACACCUUGAUUCGCACGAUAGACUGGGAGGCAAAGACCGUCACAUCGUUAUCCAAGAAGCACCUAGUGCGGUCACUGAACAUUAGUGAAGGCAUGCUGAGCGAUGCUCUCCUCAUGACCGGAACCUCCUUCCUACCGCCCUUCCCUCCACUCCUGGAUACAUCACUCAACCCACGCCAACCUUUUACUAUCAACGAUGCUGUCAACCUUCUUAGAGCGUCGGAGAAAUCUGUUCAAUCAGCUUGCAGCUCCUAUGGUGACAUUCUCAAGUCGAAGGAUCCCAACUGGCUGGGCAAGUACAGACAAGCCAAGAUGGCUGUCAAUCACUUCAUCUACAUUUCCGAAGAGGGUGAGAUCAAAGUAAACGACUUUGACCACAUCACGAACGAUAACCACGAAUACCUUGGUCUUCAGCUUCCUGGAGAGUUGUUCCACUAUCUUAACACUGGUCUCAUCGGCUCGCGCGUUCUCGACUAUAUAACACAUAGCCGUAUCGUCGUUACGCCUACGCUGGAUGGUGUUGCUUCAGAACAGUACAGGAAGCUGGUCACCAGCCAGCUCGUUCCUCUCAAGGAGCAGAGCAUCGCCCUCCUGAUACCCAGACUUCAUCGCGGUCUCCAGCACAACGCCAUCACCAUGAAGGUAUGGUUUGAUGACAACUUUUCGUAUAAAAUCAACAAGUCUCUGCAGCCAUCACCAUCUCAGCGUGCCGCCACAUGGGACGUGAAGGAAAGUACCUUCAAGGCUGUCGCCGAUGAUGUCGCUGAUCCCCCCGGCUCCAUCGCGUUUGAGAUUUUGGCACUCUUGUUCGAAGAUUUUGUCAAAGGCACUUUUCCUAAAGAGAAGAAGCGUAUUGGAGGCAUCGAUUCUGUUCAGAAUAUCACGGCGGUUGCUAACUGGAGAUUCCUCCAUCUCCGCGGUUACGUGGAUGAUUCGCACACGUUGACGAACUGGGGUAACGCGGUUGCUAGCGCAAUUUGGGCGAUGAAGGACUCACUCAAAGAUUUGCAGGUUCCUGAUGGUCUAAAUAUAUUCGAGGCUAUCCUGAAUGCAUUCGAGCUCAUCAGACACGAUGUGCUCAACUCGGGCCAUCGACACGAGGAGCUGAAUGGCGCGCCAAUGACUGGCAGUGACGAAGACAAGGCGAGCAUUCUUCUCAUCAGCCGAUGCGCCUCGCUAUUGAAGCUUCGGCACGAGUCCAACGGUUAUACCGGACCGCUCAACAAGAACCUUCUCCUGUUCCGGUCACUUUCGACCGCUGUGCGUGAGGCGGAUCGAGACCUCGUUGAAGCAAUCGUGGCGUCCAUGUUCCUUUACGCACAGUCUAAGAGAGAUCGCGACGAUUACCUGCAAAUCAGCCAGACCUUGCCCUUCCUUCACAACCCCGAUAUUGCUCUCGGCAUCGCGGUGAAGACACUCAUGGACGAACUUCCCGCUAGUGAGAGCGUUGAGAAGCGACAAACCAGGAUUGAGGAUUUUCCCGGAAAGUUCUUCCCUUUCGCUACCAACUUCAAGGAGGAUAUACAACUUGCAUUUGUCUUCUUCGAAGCCAUCCACAAAGGAGUGCAGACGCUUGACAAGGAGGUGUCGGCGGCGGAUAAGGCUGUAUGGUCAACAGCGAGCAAGUACCUGGACCAGAGGCGGUUUUAG